AUGUCUUGUCGUCGCAUUCAACCUCAAGGCGCUGGUGCUCGUGCAGAGUCACGGUCAACAUUCAGCCCUACGCAACCUGUAGUUGCUGCAUCUUUAACACCAAAUUCAGAACAGCACUCUGUUGCUUCUGAUGCCAGUAGUGGCAGCAGGUGCAAUGCAUACUGUGGACUGCAGCAAGAGGUUUCGGCACUCAAGGCGCAAAAUACGGCACUCAAAGCGGAGCUUGCAGACAUGAAGCUUGAACAACGACAUUCAGCCAAUGCCUUGGAUUCAAGCUCAACUGAUAUGUCAUCCGAUGUGAAGAAGUGGGGACGUUAUUUUAGCUUGUUCUUCAACACAUUUGUCACAGUUUCCACAUUUGCUUCCACCCUUCCUAAGGUUCUGUUUGCCUCAGAUAGUGCGACACGAUACCUGACAGAUGCAAAUGAGGCGAUUGGACCAACAGUUGAGCUUUAUGAACAGAUUCCACUCAAGUACCACCCAAUUAUGAAGCUGGCCGCUCAAUCCAAAGGAAAGAAAUUUGUAAAGCUAUUCCGGGAUGCAAUCAGCGCUAGCCACUCAACAUCUAUAUCACAACUCCGAAACAACUCUGGCCCAAUCAUUUUCAAUCUGCCAAGCGCCUAUUUCGAAUCUGAUUUUUCUUCCAAACGCAUCGCUGUUCCGGAGAUCCGCGCACUUCUUGGAUACAAUGCCGACUUUGCUGAUUCGGAAGAGGGAAAAAAGUUCCCAGAAAAGGCAUAUGCUCGCUUUCCACCCGUGCUCUGCAAGGAUGAAGAUUCCUCAAAAGUGGAGAACCGGUUCAGGAACGGGAAAUUGUUCAUGGUCGCACGUGCGAUUAUCUUUGGCAAGAAGGCAGCAAAGGCCAAAUCUUUGGCUAUUGGCCGGGAGCCCAGUUACUACUUAAGAUCGGAUAUGCCUGCGGCAACAACAUUUGGCCUUAUUGCUUUAAUAUCCGGCAUUACAAGAUUCACGUUAUCACCAGACACCCGCUUUGAUAACGGAGGUGUUGGUCCCGAAACAGGGAUUGAUUACACUGGUGAUAUCAAUUACUACAAAAAAUAUCUCACUGUGCUACGUGACGAUCCAUCAACUGCUAGCUACGUCAAUCGGCUUCUCAAAGAAUGGGAUGCGGAGGUUUUUUCCACACACAAUGCCGCAAUGAAACGCUCGUCGGAUGAUGCGGAUCGUGAGGUUAUUGAUAUGGACAAUAUAUCAGAUGAAAUAGAGCAGGAUAUACAACGCCUUCAUGUUGCAGAGGCUGCCACUAACACUGACCAAAUAAACGAUACCAUGCAAGACCUCGAAUGCGACACCAUGGCCAACAAUAGGUCGACUGACUUGCAGCCAGAGGACCCAGAUUUUAUUCCAAAUCCGAUUGCUCUUGGACGUGCACAAUCAUUCUUGGACCAUGAACAUCAGUCAAAUUCUGAUAGGGGAUCCAACUUUGACAUCGACGAUGAUCAAGGUUCAUGGGCAGACAACGACUGCAUACAUAUACAAGAACCUGCAGCAGAAGCCGAGUACGUCAAUAUUCCUGAAAAAGAGAUACACACAACAAGUAGUAGCAGAGCCCUGGACAAUCUGUCUGUCUCACCAUUUCAACCGGCCUUGAAUUCAGCUAAAUCUUCUGCCACGCCUGCUGGUCUGACAGCUUAUUCGGAGCCACCUCGAAGAUCCACACGAUCAGACACCAUUAGGACAACAAAGGCAAAUGUUGACACACCCGGGUCCUCUGACAGUUUCAAUCCGAUGUUGCAGGCUGUUGAUCCUGCAAACUGUCACCCACUGCUUAUGCAUUCAGACUCGGCUGCUGCAGUCAACCAUGGAAGCUUGGAAGCUUCUGCUCAGGAAAAAGCACCCCCAAAACGAGGCACAAAGACUGCUGCCCGAGGUCGAGGCAAGAAUGGGAGGAAAUGA